CGUUGCGUAGAGUGCGGGGAGGCGGGACUGGUGCUUGCUGCUGCUGCUGCUGCUGCUCUGGCUUAAGGGAGGGUGGAGAGCUGCUGCGGCUGAGGACAGGCAGCAUGCAGAGGAUCAAAGUAAAGACAGCUAGCUACCAGUCCUAUCUGGAAGAAAGGCCAGUGGCUUUGUGGACGAUGCGGGCAGAUUGUGUUUUGACACUUCAAGAUGAGCCGUUUCCUGAAUGUACUCCGUAGCUGGCUAGUUAUGGUGUCCAUUAUUGCCAUGGGGAACACAGUGCAAAGCUUCAGAGAUCACAGUUUCCUCUCUGAGAAACUAUACACUGGCAAACCAAGCCUCGUAAAUGGCCUCCAGGCUCGGACCUUUGGCAUUUGGACCUUACUCUCCUCUGUAAUUCGCUGCUACUGUGCCAUUGAUAUCCGCAACAAGACCCUCUAUAACAUCACACUUUUGACCUUCUUCCUUGCCCUCGGCCACUUCCUCUCUGAAGUGUUUAUUUAUGGCACAGCAGCUGCAACAAUCGGUGUCUUGGCACCCCUAAUGGUGGCAAGUUUCUCCAUCCUGGGUAUGUUGAUUGGACUGCAAUAUCUUGAAGUAGAAGCAACAUCGCAGCUCAAGAAACGGAACUGAAGUUACGGAUCCCCUAUCAGCCCCCCAGCCAUCGUCCAGUGUCUACUACCACAUUGCCUCCUUGACUUUCCCUCCUCAUCCCGUACCCUGCAAGUGGUCAGAUCGUUCUUGGGACUUGAGUCAUCCUUUCUUUUGUUCGCAGUUGAUUUUGAUCUGAACAGGCAGUACUUGACCUGCGACCAGUGGCAGACGCGGAGCCCUGAAGAGCUGUUCUAAACUGGGUGUGGGUUUCCCUGGUGGAGGGCGCCUUCCUGCAAUGCAGGGGGUUGGACUAGAUGACCCUUGGGGAUCCCUUCCAACUCUAUGAUUCUUAACGCAUCCUCCGUUCUGGUGGUGGGAAGGGAAGAGAGGGCUAUAGAUAUCUUGCCCCCAUCACCUUUGCAGGGGAGGGGAAAUGUAGUGCUGCCCAAAAUCCAGUGGAGACUGGUAUUGCGGGAAGAGGCCAAACCAAAGUUAUCAUGGCACAUAGUAGCUGUGUGUUUGUCCAUAAGCAUGGUUUUUCAAUAAACAGGCAAAAAUUGUGCAGAACUGCAGCUUCUUUUUAUCUGGUAGGGAAAAGGAGAGAGAUCAGAUUUUCUGUCUGUUUUGUCUGCCUGUCUGUCUGUCUCACUCCUUAGCAAGAGGUAACAUGACUUUUUGUAUUUUUCAUUUUAGGUUCUGGGGAAUCUGCUUUGGCAAUUUCCCCUCUAACAUAACAGGCUGUCGUUCUAGAUAACGUCUCCCUGUUCCCCUCACCUGUCCUCUCAUUCCUUCCUAAGGUAGCUGUGUACUUCCUUCAAGUCUCCAUUUGGCACACUAAAUUCAAGCGUAAGCAGGCGACAUCUGUAUAGUACUGUUCUUGACUGCCUUAUGAGAAGAGCUAGACCAAACCUCAGGCUUCGAAAAGAAGCUUGGCAUAGCAAGCUAGUUUUAAAAAAAAAUUACUAUUGCAUAGUUUUUGGGUGAUAGAAGUAGGAGCCAUGUAGAACAGAUGACUUGAAGAGACAAGUAGAGAGAUUGGAUUCUCACUGCUGCUACAAAAAAAAAAGCCAGGUCACCUCCUCCUAAAAUGUUGUCUUAUUAACUGGAAUGCCUGCUGCGGAAGUCACAAAGAUGAGGACACAUACGCCUCUCUUUACUAGAGUACAGCAUAUACGUGGAGAGAGUGCUGUUGUGCCCAAAUCCUGCUUGUGGGUUUCACACGGGCGACUGGUUGGCCACUGUGAGAACAGGAUGCUGGACUAGAUGGGCCACUGGCCUGAUCCAGCAGGCUCUUCUUUACGUUCUUAUAGGUUUGUUAUAGGUUAGUGCUGGGCCGGCCCAACCUAGAGACAAACUAGGCAAUGGCCCGGAGUGCCAAAAUUCCAGGAGCAUCUGCCUCAGCUAUGCAAAUGCCUUGGAGAGACACUUGUGAAAGAGAUGCCCAGAGGCAUCUGACCCCUUCACAGGCUGAGUGAUAUCCCCUGCAUUCUAGGUAUCUUAGGAUGGUGAGAUACUAACCUAUUUAAUCAAAGGGUCAGGCCCGUUUUCAUUUUGGUGCUGAACAGAUCUUUGUAAGUUAAGUUGUCCUUUCAAUCGGGGUGGUGAACAAAUGCUAAAGGGUAGAUUUUCCCUUUUUUUAAAGUGCAUGCUAACAGGUGAAAUUGGGAUUCUGAUCUUGUUGGUAAUGGUGCUCAAUAUUUAGUCCAGCUGCUCAGUAUUUAGUCCAGCUGAAGUAAUUUGCAAUGCAAAUAAGUAUACUAAGCUACUGAAACUGAAAAUAAAAAUUGGGAAAUAGUAA